GAGUGAGGGGUAUUAGUGGAGAGUGAGGGGUACAAGUCCUGCUUGCGGGCAUCCUGAGUGGAGCAGCGAAUAAUGUAGACCAUGGUGACUGGUGAGUGGUUCCAGUUAAAGUGUGGAGGUCCGGACUGAGACUGGAUUGUUAGGAGAUCGGAAUCGGAGGUCGCAGCUCUUGACUGUGCCCUGAAACUUCUGGGUGGACUGUGGAGCUUGUGCUGGUGUGAAGAACCUCAUCAAAGCGGAAUAUUCUGACUAGACCAUGGAAGCUCUGAAUGGAGAUUAGAAGCUCUGACUUGGACUCUAGACACUCUGACUGGAUCAUAGAAACUCUUACUGCGAUCCCGAAUGGCCUGAAACAACGCAAGUAAACGUGGUAGCGUUCCCAGCAAAGGUUGUUCAAGAGGCGGUAGUCUGACAUGUCAGCAGAAAAAGGUCACAUUGGGCGUUAACUGACAGAACGGAGGGUCACGGAGAACAAUAACUAACAGAGAAGAAACGCACGAGGAGAGUAAACGGACGGAAUCGAAUUGCACCAGAGGAGUUAACUGACGGAAUCGAAGUGCAAGAGGGGAUUUAGCUGACGGAAUCGAACUGCUCGAAGAAAAUUGACAAAUCGUUAUGGCGUCAGCACAACUAUUUCAAAAAGAUGGCUUAAUCGGAAUCCUGAGUAUGGCGCAUCACGAAGAUGACGUUGUCGGGAUCCUGGACAUGGCAAGUGAAGCGGAGACUGCUCAGACAGACCUCAGUGGAGAAGUGCCACCUGCAGCCCUGGAGGCCGCCAUGGCUGCCUCGGCGGGAUCCGAGUUGAAGCCUGCUCCGGCUGCCGCGUUCAUUGCUGCUCUGCGGGCCGUACCAGGCGAGGGGGAGUCCCCAGAGACCGAAGACGCGUACGUUGACAGAUCCCUGUGUUACAACACACUAUGUGCUAGUCUCAACGGGCGUAUAGCGGCUCUGACGCGGGUAUUGGAAGCACCCGAUGAUGAUCCUGUUGAGAUGGCGGCUGCGCGGGCGGCACUGGCGCGCUCCAAGGCCUACCCGAAACUUGAGGAGUGGAGACCCUUUGAAGAGAAAAGCAGCAGAGAAACCUACAGGAGCGUACUGGGCGCAUGGGUGCUGCCGAAUGAAGAGGCGUGUGUUCUGGCACUGUACCGGGACCUGCUGAACGGAGGUGGGCGGGGGGAGGCCGAGACCAACACGUCCACUGGUGAGCAAACUGUGGACAAGGAAAGCGUGCGAACCGAACUGUGCAUACAAAACAUGCACAAAAUCUGGCUUGGAUGUCUUGGAAACAGCUUUGGCAUGUACCCACACCGCUUUUCUCUCUCUGCGAUAAAUGCGAAAAACACGACUUUUUCCAUUGUGGAUUCAGUCAAAUCACGGCAAGACGUUGACCUAGAGUGUGCUCGCAUGGACUGCCAACAAAUUCCACCAGAGCAGCUGGUGCAAGCAGACGCUGACAAAGAACAUCUCGAAGGCAACCUGCCUCAAGAAGUCAGAGAAAGGUUAGAGAAACUAAGAGGUGACAUAGAAGAAGUUCUGUUUGCCUACACAUCCCCGUUCACCACCAAGGCUGAGAAAUUAUACAACCUCUUGAUGAUUAUUCGGAACAGAAUUCUAGCACACAACAUCAUCAAAGGACAUGCGGGCGGUGAAAGAGAUCCCGAUGACAAGACAGAGGCUAAACCGCGAGGAAGCCCGCAGAAGAGAAGACGUCUUGAACCACAGCAAACUACAUCUCACUCUCCUGAAACCGGCAGAAAAGACAAGGAACCAUCCCAAGUCGCCUGCAGAAAGGCCAUAGAAGGCUGUGCGAACUCCCCGCAGUUGGAAGAGAUCCGUAAAGCGAUGGAUGCUCCAUGUUUACUGGCCGAAAUGGCCGCAGCUCUGGGACGAGUCCUACGAUGGAGGGAGCAACUUCUUGUCAAGUCAAACACCAUACAUCGGGCAAAAGCUUACGAGGAACGAUUUAGAAACGCCUUACAGGGAAAAGAACAUCUUUCAAACUGCGGAUUGAAGCGGGAAACCCCUGUGUACAAGCUUGCCAUCCAAGAUAUGUUUGUGUCAGGAAGCGCAGGCGAAACUACUGAGAUGCAUGUCGCUAGGAGUGAAUACGGUGAAUUCAAAACAGUUCAAACGUUCCAGUGGGUGAGUGAUGACGGUUUUGCUCUGCCGCACUGGAUCCAAGAGAGAAAGAAACUGAAAAGGCCGCCGAGCAAAGCAGCAGUCGAUGACGUCGAUGACGAUGAAGAAAAAUCUGACGAAACUUUCAAGCAAGCAUCUGACGUCGACUUCAUGCUCCAGGUGGGACCUGUGAAGCUGGAAAAAGGACCGCCAUGGAAAAAAUUCAGUCGACCGAGUGACUUCGAUAACCAUUUGAGUUCCUCUGACAGUGGCGAUGCGUACUCCCACCACACAGAAAAUGGCUCGUCCGACGCAGAAGAAACUGACUCCUCCGACUCAGAGGAAACUGAAUCCUCCGACUCAGAGGAAUCUGAGUCCUCCGACUCAACGGAGAGCGACUGCUCCGACACAACGGAGAGCGACUCUUCCCUUUCUGGCUUGGAAAGUUUGAGCAGGGAAUAUGCAAGGCAGCAACAAGAAAAAGCUGACCAGAGACUGGAACUGAAGUAUGGGAGACCAUUGUGCAUUGACACCUUCUUAACGGAAAGGGUCUCUGAUUCUACAAACGACACUUUGACACUUCUGAUGCAAGAAAUCGAAGACAGACCAGGAUUUGCGUACCUUCGUCGGAUCUUUCCGGGGGAGGGUGAACACGUUGACAAGUAUGCCUUUACUGUCAGUCAUUUCAAAACACAUUUAGCGGCAGCUAUGGAUCGUCACAUGGAAGGCAUCGAAAUUAAAGAUAAAGACGAUGAAAAAGCGAGCAUGGAAGCUGUCUUUGGAGAAGACAGCAUUGACAUCGUUCUCUGUCUCCAGUACCCAGAGAACGUCAGUGACGAGUUUGUGAACAGGGAGCGACCAUCGGGACAGCCGAGCAAGGCCUUGGUGGAGAAGCUAAGGACGAUGCCCAUCUUUCUGGUAGGAAAGGGUCGCUUGACAUUUCGCAAGUCGUUUUCAGUCCUCGAGUCGAAGGUGAUCCGCUCUAUGACCAAGCCCCAGCGGAUCUGUCUGACCCUGCUCAAACACUGCGCUGCAGUGACGAAAAGUGACCUGUGCAGCUAUGAGCUGAAGACGGCCAUGAUGUGGCUCUGCGAGCGACGUGCGCCAGAGCUCUGGACCUGGGACGGCAUGCUGGAGUCGAUGAUGGCCGUCAUGGACUUUCUGAUGCAAUGCGCCCAGAGAAAUAGCCUCCCGUGCUAUUUUGACCCUGACAUUGAGCUUUGGGAGAUGCAACUCAAUGUGUAUACAAUGAGGGGAUUUGAUGUGGUAAAGCUGCGAGCGCUGCUGCCGCGCGCCAUCCAGCUGCUGCUGGCUGGCCUGCUGAGCUCGAGCCAGGCGCCGCUGAUGCGCCACCUGCUGAACCUCCCCCUGGACGCGCAGCAGAUGCUCUGGUGCUGCUGGAAGCGCAGAGUCGACGACCCUUUCCCUGGAAGACCGGAAAGUAGAUGGCGAUCCAGCCCGGAUGACUUGGCCUGCGGUCUGUACCCUCAGGCCGUGGAGGGUCGCCUCUGGUCGGAGGGAUUCCUCGACACCUUCCGGUGGGAGUCGCUGCCGGCGCGCUGCAGGCAGCCCGACUGGUUCGCCGAGCAUGGCUGGGACACGGACAGCGACGAAGACUGAGAUUCAGUCGGCAUUGUCUUCCCACCGCAGGCUUUACCAGUCUGGCAUGUGUGGCAUACGUGACUCAAGAAGUUCACCACAAUGUAUAAGACCCUAUUGUGAACAGUUUGACCAUCACAGACUUUACCAGUCUGGCCUAGAUUGCGUUCCUUGACUAGACUGAGUUCAGGCAGACUGCGCAGUCAAGACGAGUUCAAAGCACCUUAGACUACUGUGUGUGAAGAACAAUUGACACCUGAGCUAAAAGACUGGGUCAGGUGUUAUUGAAUUGUUCGAACGACGUUGUGCUUGUGCGCGGUGUGCCUGGAGGUGGAUGGCUGGUCGGUGAUCAGACACUGUACCUACAUACUUAAGGUCAUUGUAAGUGCUGUUUAAUAGCAGGGAAACAUUUCCCGAUGUGCGGACAGCGAUUUUGUGAUGGAAUGUACAUUUUACACGGUACAUACAUAAUGCAGUCCAAUUUCGAAAAUUUUGAAAAAUGUGACUGCAUGUGACGGAUUCCAUUUCCAAUCCAAGUGCAUUGGUGUGUGUGACCCCAAGGGUGUGAAACAGUUAGUGCGCUCAACUGUAACUGUAUGCAUUUGCAUGUAACUGUAGGUAAGGUAAUUGCCUGCCACAUUUACCUACUAAAGAGUUUGUGUUUUUCUAUCUUAUAAAAUGUUGAUGGGCAAAGUCAAAACAAUGGUAUAGGUAUGAACACACACAACUUUGGCUGGGUAUGCUUGUUUGAACGGUGCG